UUUCCCCUGCAGUUCUCAUCACCCAGCACUGAGGUUAGAGCCUGUGGUAAAGCGAUGCAAUUCACAACCACCAGCGAUGUACUCCACAGAUCUGAAAGCCGGCUUUCAGUCCUUUAAAGGCUGUGUCUGAACAGUGGCAACAGAAAUUUAGAAAAGCUCAAGUUUUCUCUCAUGAUAGAGAAGCAGAGGACGUUUCUUCCGAGGCUAACCAGCAUUACUGCAGAAUAAAUAUGCUAAGCAUUGCGGGAAGCCAGAUGAAGCCUUAAAUGAAAACAUGCACGUUAAUGUUUAACCCCUUUUCACUUAUGUUGAGACUUCCACAUGAGCAACAGAAUGAAGAAUGCUGUCUGAAUUUUGCUGAAGGACAAUGGGACUAUUUAUUUUUAUUAUGUUGUCUUCUCCUGGCUAAUUCUGGGCAAGAAGCUAAGGUUUCCGAGGCCUUAAGGAAAUCUCGUCAAUGGCUGAGAUUACACGCUGUCCCAUACAGAGCUUGCCCACUGUUCCUGUGGGGGGGGGCUGGACCUCGACCAACCUACUGCACUGCUCACCUGCUGGAGCACACGUUGCUUCAAAGUAGGAUCAACUUCUCGCUUAUGAGCUAGACCCUCACACGAUCUGAAGACAGUCUCCGGAUAAUAAAAGAUGAACCCACUUGAUGCAACAAAAUCAGGAUUUUUAGUGUGCAUUGCAGUCUGUACGUUCAUCUACACCUUCAUCUACCUAAAGGAUACACUUCUCGAAGAUCCAAACGAACAGAAAUUUAGUGAAAAUACAGCAGAGUGUGGUUUUUACCCGGAUGAACUUUGUUCAGCUCUUUUUAUGGGGAAAACUGCUGCUUUUAAAAUUGGAAACGUUUGCCAGAAUACCUACCGACCUGAAACGUUCAGCUGCAUUCAGACUCCAUGCAACUGCUCCACGGUCUUGAAGACUCUACACUUUAUAACAAGACCACUGUCAGCUGAAGAAAGAAGCUUCUCACUGGCAUACAUUAUCACAAUUCACAAGGAGUUGGAAAUGUUUGUAAAGCUACUAAGAGCUAUUUAUAUGCCUCAGAAUAUUUACUGCAUACAUGUCGAUGAAAAAUCAUCAGAGGAUUAUAAAGCUGCUGUACAAAAUAUUGUUAAUUGCUUUGAAAAUAUUUUUAUUUCCUCAAAAAGAGAAAAUGUUGUUUAUGCCGGAUUUUCAAGAUUACAAGCUGAUAUUAAUUGCAUGAGAGAUCUAGUUCAAUCCAAAAUUCAGUGGAAUUACGUUAUUAAUCUGUGUGGCCAAGAUUAUCCCAUUAAAACAAACAAAGACAUUAUCAAAUACAUCAAAAGUAAAUGGAACGGUAAAAAUAUGACUCCUGGGGUAGUCCAACCACUUCAUAUGAAACACAGAACGCAGUUUAGUUACAGAGAAUACGUGCGUUCUGGAAUGUCAUACGUGUAUCCAACCAAGAACAUAAAAUCUAAACCUCCGUAUAAUUUGACUAUAUAUUUUGGUAGUGCCUAUUACAUUCUCACUAAAGAAUUUGUGGAGUUUACACUGACUGAUGCACGUGCAAAAGACUUGCUUGAAUGGUCAAGAGACACAUACAGUCCGGACGAACACUACUGGGUCACACUGAAUCGUUUAAAUGAUGCUCCAGGUGCUACACCAAACGCAGACUGGGAAGGAAACAUACGAGCCAUUAAAUGGAAAGAUCAAGAAGGCACCGCACACAAGGGCUGCAAAGGUCAUUACAUCAGAGACAUUUGCGUCUAUGGACUGGGGGAUUUACAGUGGAUUAUUGAAUCACCUCACUUGUUUGCGAACAAAUUUGAGCCUGCAACAUAUCCCCUUGUUAUGGACUGCCUAGAGAGACGCCACAGACUUAAAGUACUGCACCAGGCAGAAGUCCCAAUUGAAGAUCACUGGCGUUUUCAGGAAGAUAGCUACUUCAACAUGAAGCUGAACGUUUGAGUUAACCAACAGCUAAAAAAAUACUCAAAAUAUUGACAGAACCCAUCAAGAUUUUUAGCCACAGACUUCACUCGCUUGGUGUCUUGUGCUUACCCUCAUGCUUUAAUGCUGUACUACUGUUUCACCAGUGAAAUAAGCAGUUUUAUAUAUUACAGUAAAAGAAAGAGCAACAACUGCUAAGGGAUCAGUUUAAAGAAAAUGACAUAUCUAAAUCUGCAACUUACAGAACACAAGGGUGACAUUCAUAAUCCUUCAAGUGACUUAUUCAACUGGAAAAUACAUGUUCCCCAUGUGUCUUUAGCUGAAAAAAAUUGUAUGAAAGUAAUAAAAUGGAAGUAUGCCUGAACAAAGGUGAAAUAUGAAGAACACAA